AUGUGGGGAAAUACUUUUGAUCCACAGGACACUUUUUACAACGCCAAACAUGUUGCCAAACAAGUUGCUGCUGUGGUAGAUAUUUUGAAGGAAAAUUUUAAUCUCACCCAUAAAGAUUUUUCAUGCACUGGUCAUAGUUACGGAGCACAUUUAUGUGGAUAUCUAGGGCAGGAAACCCAUAUUUCAAUCAUUAACGCUCUUGAAGCUAACGGCGUCCUUUUAACCCAGUUCACGUCAUUAGAUGACAGACUGGACCCUGGAGAUGCAGAUUGUGUUCAAGCCAUUCACACGAACGACGGCCAAUGUCUUCCCUUUUUUGGAAUAAAUUAUACAAUUGGCACAGUUGAUAUAUAUUUAAAUGGAGAAAAAUACAAGACGCAUCUAUUCAGACUACAAAAAAUGCUUUUCUCAAAGGAGACUUCGUUUAUGGUGUAUGCUUUCAGGGCAGAAAUGCUGGAGAACUUCGUUUAUCUGGCCCUUGUUUAUCCAGAUCUUUAA